GCGCUGUUUCUGGUGACGGAGCUGUGUGAGUGGUGUGUACAGUAUGAAGACAACAGUUAAAGCAUGGCUAUGCUGCAGACCAGGCUGCAGACCACAGACUCCACCACACACACAGGAAACUAAUGAAAGUCUUUAUUCUGACGAGAGGACGACGACUGGAUGAAGAUGACGCCGCGCAAACACUGACGAGGUGAAACCCGGAGGCCUGAGAAGAGAUUUUAAGUCCUGGGAUCUUUCUGACUCCGCCACAUUUAACCUUAAAUCAGAUUAGACGAUGUAAACCAAGAAGAACAAACAUGGCUACUACACCUCAUCGCCUGCUUCGGACCAAAUGAACGUUGUCUUCGAGUAACAACCAUGUCAGCGGACGUCGCCGACAACGUGAGCUCCAGGCUGGACACGCCCACCAACAUCUCGCUGAGCCCCGGGGGCGUCGUCUCCAAGUCCCUGGAGUACAAGACGGUGUCGGUGUUCCUGGUGCUGCUGGUGUGCGGCGCCGGCAUCGUGGGCAACAUCAUGGUGGUGCUGGUGGUCUUCACCACGCGCCACAUGAGGACGCCCACCAACUGCUACCUGGUGAGUCUGGCCAUCGCCGACCUGACGGUGCUGGUGGCGGCCGGGCUGCCCAACGUCUCCGACAGCCUCACGGGGACCUGGGUCUUCGGCCACGCCGGGUGUCUGGGCAUCACCUACCUUCAGUACCUGGGCAUCAACGUGUCCUCCUGCUCCAUCACCGCCUUCACCGUGGAGAGGUACAUCGCUAUCUGCCAUCCCAUGAAGGCUCAGACCGUGUGCACCGUGUCCCGGGCCAAGAGGAUCAUCGCUGGGGUUUGGAUCUUCACAUGUGUCUACUGCAUGCUCUGGUUCUUCCUGGUGGACAUUCAGGUCGGCCAGGACGGACACGUGCAGUGCGGCUACAGAGUGAAGCGGGAGCUCUACCUGCCCAUCUACCUCAUCGACUUCGCCAUUUUCUACGUCAUCCCGCUGCUCCUCGCCAUCGUGCUGUACGCACUCAUAGCGCGGAUCCUCUACCUCAGCCCUCUGCCCAACCACCCCGACACCAGCGCCACAACUCUGCGCCGGAGCUGCCGGGAGGCGUCCGACGGGGGGAAGGGAGGUCGCCAGGGUCGACCCAAGAGCGCGCUGUCCUCCAGGAAACAGGUGACCAAGAUGCUGGCGGUGGUGGUGAUCCUCUUCGCUCUGCUCUGGAUGCCGUACCGGACCCUGGUCCUGAUCAACUCCUUCGUGUCCACUCCGUACCUGGACGCCUGGUUCCUGCUCUUCUGUCGGACCUGCAUCUACGCCAACAGCGCCAUCAACCCCGUCAUCUACAACGCCAUGUCCCAGAAGUUCCGCUCGGCGUUCCGAGGGCUGUACCGGUGCCAGCGGCCAGAGGGGAACCAGAGGACGCUGUCCGCCAUCCAGACCGGACUCGGAACCCUGCGAGACCCCCGGCCCGGCCAGGCCAACGGGGCCGAGGAGAAGGUCCGGAGGACCGCGUCGGGCCCCGAUGUGAAGCAGAACGGAGGUCAUCAGGAGGAGACCAGGAGUCCAGACGAGACCGAGGAGACGAGUCGACCUCAGUUUAAACAGGAGAACAUUUAAAUACGUACGUUCAUCAUCUGUGAUCGUCUGUAAAUACCUCGAAAGAAUCAAGAAAAACCUGCGACUUGCAGUUAUUUCACCACGUAGACGCAUCUUCCAUCUUCACUUAAAGCUUUUUAGUUUCUGACUUUUAAACCAAAAUACGGAUUAAAAAUAGUUCAUCUUCAGACUUUUAAAAGGUUCAAAGAAGAUCUGUUAAAUGUUUUUAUAUAUAAUCAGAAUCAGCUGUAAACUGGCUCAGUGUGAACGUCAGCGGUGAAACCACAGCGUCUGUUUGAGCUCGAGUUCCUUAAAGGUGAAUUUAUUUAAACGUGAGAAAACAAUCAGGUUGUUGUUCUUUUAUUUCUGUGUUCAGCAUAUUUUAUUUGAUCUAUUUAAUAUUUAAUAUAUCUAAGAAAUAUUUUUUUUAUUGUGUUGAUGUUGUUGAGGUUUUUUAGGGAGGGGGGGUCCUGAAUGGAAGCAAAUAACAGCAAUAAAGACUUGACUCUGAUAAAAAAUUUAGGAUUUAAAUGAGAAGCCACUAAAUUUUAUAGCGUCCGGUGAAGGACAGAAGAAUAAGAGCCGUCUGAAAUAUAGGUUUAAUGGUUUAAAGGUUUAAUUGGAGAUGUGUCUGGGUCAGUAUAUAACUGUGGGACUUUUUAACUUUAUCGUAGUUACCAUAGAUGUAGUCGGUAAAUAACGUGAUGAAUCCACAUUACUUUAUAUUAAGAACUAGUAACUUGAGAUGCUGAAAGUGAUUCUCAGAUACAAGUUGCUAUUUUCCAUUUAAACAACCAAUUAUCAUGUUUAUCUCAACUUAACAAAACGAACAGAACCAAAACUAAUUGUGAAUGAGCUCAUUUUAUUAUCGUUUAACUGAUUAGAAAUUUGUUAUUAUUAAAGUUAUUUAGUUAAAUCUUAAGGACCUGAUCUGUUUUUCAUGAAUAAGUGAUUGUUUCCAUAAUAAAUAAUUGUGGAUUUUGUAAAGACGUGAUCAUAAUGAACAUAAAAAACAUUUUUACUUAUUAAUCGUCUCUAUACUGACCCAUUUAUCUCUGUAUCAGAUGAAUCAAAUCUGAGACGCUCCAGUUUUUAUGGUGAUUACUUGCUUCCAUAAACGUGUCCCGUCAGUCAGCUGACCCUUUAACUUGUGUUAUUUUAUCCCGUUGUUCCUUUUUAAAGGUAUAAAUGGAAGUUUAGGAGGUUGGUCCUGUGUCAGUGCUGUAAAUAAUCCUGUUCAGAGCUGGACGUGGUGCGGGAAGGUUCUGGGUGUAUUAUUUUCUGCAGAGUCGACUCCAGCGCCUCCUGUUCGUCAUGAAUCACGGAGUCAGAACGAUUCCUGCUGCAGAUGGAAGCGACGUUCGAAGCGUGUGGUUAGAAACGAGCUGAAACAGUCGCUCUGGAUCAAUCACCACCACAGAAGAAGAAGAACUGUUCUCCCAUGAUGCACUGCCUGAAAACGCUGUUUUUUAGUCGUUUGCUAUAAAUGGACGGAGGAAAUGUGGAUGAAAUGUUUCCUGUGUGACCUGUGACGUGUUUUUAAACUGUUCAUAUCCGUGUGCAUGUGUGCGAGUGAGUGCAGCUUGUUGUCGACCUGGAGGCGGAGGACGUGGAGGAAGCGGCCGAUGAAGAAACCCUCUGGGUUUGGGUGGAGGUGGAUGUGUUGGGUGAUUGUGUUCUUGGUGGAUGUGUUGGGUGAUUGUGUUCUAGGUGGAUGUGUUGGGUGAUUGUGUUCUAGGUGGAUGUGUUGGGUGAUUGUGUUCUAGCCCUGAGCAGCUGCCUGGUCUGUGCUUUAUAAUGUGCUGUAAUCACUGGGUCUGUGUCUGUGUCGUGGCUUUUAGCAUCAAAACUAUAAGAAUAAACAUGUGUUGGAGCUU